AUGCAACAAACCACAACAGAGCUGGCGGGAAAGAAAAUAAAUAUGAGCUCGGAAAUAAUGCCAACCGAUGGUGAACGAAAAUCCUCUAGUAAUGUCAGCGUCCCAUGGGUUGAAAAAUACCGGCCAAGAUCGAUCGAUGAUGUUGCACAUCAAGAUGAAGUGGUAUCCGUCUUGAGGAAAUGCCUGCAAGGUGCAGAUCUACCCAAUUUCUUGUUCUAUGGUCCUCCAGGCACUGGCAAAACUUCUACUAUUUUAGCUGCAGCAAGACAUCUCUACGGAUCGGAUAUUUAUAGAUCGAGAGUCCUGGAAUUAAAUGCAUCCGAUGAUCGUGGCAUCCAGGUCAUUCGUGAGAAAAUAAAGACAUUUGCACAGCUAUCGGUUGCCAAUCAACGGCCUGAUGGUACACCUUGCCCUCCCUUUAAAAUAAUAAUAUUAGAUGAAGCCGAUUCCAUGACCCAUGCUGCACAGGCUGCACUUCGGCGAACAAUGGAAAAGUAUUCGAAAACUACUAGAUUUUGUUUAAUAUGUAACUAUGUUAGUAGAAUUAUAGAGCCUUUGACUUCUCGCUGUUCCAAAUUUCGCUUCAAGCCACUGCCGGAAAAUAUAUUAUUACACCACUUAAGUGCAAUUUCCGAAAAAGAAAACCUAGACUGUGAUAAACAAGCCUUACGGAACAUAAUAUCUAUAUCAGAAGGUGACAUGAGAAAGGCUAUUACCUAUAUACAAAGUGUAUCACGAUUGUAUAACGAUAAGCGUAUUACUUCUGAGAGAAUAAUCGAAAGCGCUGGGGUAACUGGACUGUACUUCUCGAUAGCUAGUGCUACGUUAGUUAUACCUGAUGCACUAAUCGACUCUAUUCUCGAAACUUGCCGCCUGAAUUCUUACGAAAAGUUGGAUAAAAUAAUACAGAAUGUAAUUGCUGAUAGUUACUCCGCAUAUCAACUACUAUCUCAACUCCAUGACAAAAUCGUUGACGUAGAUGAACUGUCUGAUAAGAAAAAGUCGUUUUUAGCUCAGAUGAUGGCGGAAAUUGAUAAAUGCUUAAUGGACGGUGCUGACGAAUAUUUACAAAUGAUGAAAUUAUGUAGUCAUAUCAUGCAACAAGUUUGCGCUGGAGAAUGA